AUGUGUAUACUUCUUGCCACAACGUGUCAUCCAGGGUAUAAAUUGAUUAUAAUAUCAAACAGAGAUGAAUUCUACGAGCGGAAGACGCAUGCAACUUGUUGGCGCAGCGGAGGUGAGAUACUAGCACCGUAUGAUAUGUCAGCGGCAGCUGGCUUCCAAACCGGUGAUGAUAGUACUUAUGGAACGUGGUUAGGCAUCAACAGGAAGGGCAAUGUAUCGGUCCUUUUGAAUUUGGAUGAGGAUUUUACUUUAAACAGCGCCUGCACAACUUGUGAUACAAGGCGAUCCCGAGGGGGUAUUACUAUUGAAUAUUUGAGAAACGCAGAACGGAAUAGUUGGGGGGAUUGGAACUCCUAUGAAAAAUUCAGUAGCAAUUGCCCAUUAGUGCUGAGUACAAAGGCGUUUACUUUGUUUUAUGGGGAUAUUAUGAAGGGUCAGUUUAAAGUAAUUGACUCAACUGGCCAUUCAGUCAAUCCAUUUGAACAGGAGUGUUACUUCGUGAUUUCCAAUAAUAACAUCAUCCCUCAGGAGCCUUUCAGGACUUGGAAAAAGGUCGAGGAAGGGAAAGCCCUCCUCAAACGCUUGGUUGAGGACAAUGUCUCGGCCUCGAAGGAGGAAUUGUUAUCCAAAUGCUUUGAUUUAGCUGCAACUAGUCAAUAUGACCGAAACAAAGUCAUCCAGGUCAAUGACAAUUCAGUUGCGAGAAGCAGCAUUUUCCUUCCACCUCUUAAACCAGUGGACAAGUCUAUGGUAGGAACUGCUGACACUAUAGGAGAACAUUAUGGCACAAGAUCCACUAUUGUAAUCCUUGUGGACAAUGAAGGACAUGUUACUGUUAAAGAGCAUACCAUUUAUGAUAGCGACUUCGAAUAUAAUAAGUACUCUGUAACUAAUCCAAAGCAGGAGCUAGUAUACGAGUUCGAUAUUUAA